AUGCCAACAAAUCAACAAGGAAAAUUAAUACACGCCGGAGAGGUAGAAAAAGCCCAUCAUAUAUCUACUUUGACGAAUACUAAAUGGGCCAAACCAUCCUAUACCCUCCCCACCCCCUCCCUCAAAUUCCUCUUCCAUCUCGAAUGCGACAUGGAGGAUUUCCAUCCCAUUGGUGAUGGAGGACAUGGUAAUCGCGCUACUGUUAUUUUCAAAGGCGGACGAUUCGAAGGACCCCGUCUCCGCGGCACCAUCCUCCCCGGCGGCGGCGACUGGGAAACCAUCCAAAACACAGCUUCUCCUUCCUCUUUCUCUUUCUCCUCCUCCUUAUCCACAUACCCCUCCACAUACUUCUCCAAAUCCACCCCCUCACUCCAAACCGCCCACCUCGACACACGCUACAACCUCCUAACACACGAUAACCAGUGCAUUUACCUGCGCACCACAGGCGUACGAACCGGACGGCGAGAAAUCCUUGAGGCACUUGGAGAAGAAGAUAAACAUUCCGCAAAUGAAUAUAAGAUGCGUUUAAAUCUGACGUUUGAAUGUGAUGAUGCGGGGAAAUAUGGGUGGUUGAAUAGAGUGGUAGGGGUGGCGAGUAGUGGGAGGAAUGGGGGGAGGGUGAUUUAUGAUGCUUUUGAGGUUUUGUAG